UCCAAGUCAAAACCCUUUUAAAAAGUUCACCGCGCACUCUCUACUCCUACUCAAUUCUCAAUCUAGGGUUUCUCUUUUCUUCUUGCAAUCUAAUCCUUCCGCGUGUAUAAUCAUCUCGAUUCUACGGACAACCAUGUCUCGCUCCUCGACGAGGAACUCUGCCGCACGCAAGUCUGCUUCCGCCAAAUCGUCUGGUGGCGAUCGUACUCCGUCCGCCUCAAGUAGAUCAAGAACGAAGGAGGUGGAUCGUCUUUUUGAUUCAUAUGCAAAUUCUUCAUUGGGCAUGAUUGAUCCAGAAGGAAUUGAGGCACUUUGUUCAGACGUAGGAGUGGAUCAUACUGAUGUCAGGAUAUUGAUGCUUGCUUGGAAAAUGGAAGCUGAAAAGCAGGGAUAUUUUACCCAAGAUGAGUGGCGAAGAGGCUUGAAGGCUCUGCGAGUUGGUUCCCUCAACAAGUUAAAGAAAGCACUUCUUGAAUUGGAGAGAGAGGUCAACAAUCAUCCCUCAAAUUUUGCCAGUUUCUAUUCUUAUGCAUUUCAAUCCUGCUUAACAGAAGAGAGGCAAAAAACUGUAGACAUAGAGAGCGUUUGUGUAUUGCUGGAUCUUGUUCUAGGUUUUAGGUUCCGUCCCCAGGUUGACUUGUACAUUGAGUAUCUGAAGAUUCAGAAGGAUUACUUGACAAUCACAAUGGAUCAGUGGGUGGGGUUUUUCCGUUUUUGCAAUGAGAUUAGUUUUCCAGACCUUCAAAACUAUGAUUCAAAUCUAGCUUGGCCCUUGAUCAUUGACAAUUUUGUUGAAUGGUUGAUAGAAAAGCAAAGCUAGUUUAAGCAUAUUGUGGCCAUCACAUAUCACACUACUGAGAAGAGACUUCUGCCCAAAGCUAACCAUCGAGCUGACUCAUGGAGUGGUGUCAACAUCCAGAACAAACAUAAUUUUAAUAUUUGUUUCUGGGGUAAUUUUUAUGGGGAGAAUGUUAUAGGAAAACAGUCCUUGAGCAUAUUAGCCUGUAAAGGUCAUUUUGUAUUUUUUCUCAUUCAGAAUUUAGAGAGUUUGCUUUUAGUUUUACAUGAGAACGUAUUAGAUGUUCAAAACUUAAUACAAUUUCAAAUCUAAUGCCUCAAUUUGAUGUUGUCACUA